ACGGCAAAGUCAAUAGUCAACGCUGGAGGUCGGGGCAGAGUCGUCGCCAUGUCCAGUAACACGUCGUCGUCCAUGAUAGAUGCUCUUCUUGGUGAGAUAGAGGAUGUGAGCAGCGACGACGACAGUGCCACGUGUCAUCAAGGCGUUACGGUGGACGAUUUGCUUGGAGAUGAGGACGAAGAUGACGAUGACGUUUCCCAAGCCGGGAAGGAGAAAGAGCAGCCAGGGGGGAGGAGGACGACAUGGAGAGAGAAGGAAAGUAUCGUUACGUCUCAGACGGGUAUUGUUCCCGCCUUCCGCAGCGUUGGGUCAUCAACGGUGGAGGAGAGGCGGGCGCACCUUCUCGCCCGAGAUGCGGCCACGGCGGCGUCUGCGCGAAGGACGGCGGCUUCUCCGCCGCCGCCGCCGUCAAUGGGCACGACUUCGCUUUCCCCCUCCCCGUCCGGUUCGUCCUCUGGCGUCUCGAGGAGUGCAGAAGCUGCCGUGGAGACCACCAGUGCUGUAGUUGGCGGGCAAGACUCGGAUGAUCACGCGUGUCGGGUUCCCCUGGACGCAGGGCAUGAUGACGUGCCCACUACUGGCUUACGAGACCUACAUCAUUCUUCGUCGAAUCUUCGCCAGGAGGGGGCACGUGAUGGAGAUGGAGUUCCAGCUUGGCCCCUAUUGCCUGGCAAGGCACGUACUGCGUAUAGUUCUGAAGGAGGAGGAGGAGGAGGAGGAGAGAAGGGAACGGCAUCUGGCGUGUUCUUGUCUGCAGGUAGAGCUGAGGACACGGGCAGAUCACGAGAUCAAGCCGAAUCUGCAUCGGUGCUGAGUGGCAUGAGGAAAACCGGGUCGCUCAUUGGCGAAAGUGACAACGGUGGGGAGGAUUUUGGGGUAUGUUCAAAGGAGCAGGAUGAGGAGGAGGGAGAGGAGGAGCGGGAGGAGGACGGGAGGAAGGGAGAUGAAGGUUCCCUAUUUAAGGGAAGCACAUCACGGAAGACCGGGCAAAUUAGGAAAGCACCGGGAAGGGACAGGGAGGUGGGUGGCUCUAUUGCGGCGAAUGACGAUGAUGAUGACGACAGCAGAAUCAAGAAGCACGACGAUGUGCCGCUGUCAAGGGAAGAGAGUGGCUCAAGCGGGGGAAUUCAGGCGGGGGGGGUUGGUGAUGCUUCUCCAGGUCAUGCAGUGUCCGUGGAUGGAAGGGCAGGGGAUUGGGAGAGGGAGGAGGUCGAAGUCGAGGGCUCGACGGGCGAUCGAGAGAUAAUGGACAAUGUCGAAGGACAAACGCCGAAGCCUUCUCCUGUUAGCACAGCGCUCCUUUCAUCGAUUGUGCCUCCUCCUCCUCCUCUUUUUCCUCUUUCUCCUUCUCCUCUUUCUCCUUCUCCUCUAUCUCUUUCUCCUCCUCUUUCUCCUCCUCUUUCUCCUCCCCCGCUGUUAUUAACAACAACGGCUAGGGUUGAUGAUGAUUCGUCCACUUCGCGUGCGAUUUCCGUUGAGGUGGAACCUCCUCCGCGUCUCACCAUCUCCAUCGCGAACGGUUCAGGGCAGAGGGAAGUAGGAGGAAAGGUCAAUGGUAAUGGUAACAGCGGUGCGUACGCGGACCAUACCGCGGGCGGAGACAUUGACCGCAAGUCCAUCCCCAUCGUGAAGGAGGAUGACGCGUCGGCAAUUGACACGUGGCGGCGAUUGGGGGGACAGGUGGCGGCGGCAUUUGAUGGCGUGGAUGUCGACCUGGCACCGCAACAGAGAUUGCGACGGCUUCCCGGAAGCGCGGUCGCUGCCCUACUGGCGGUGGAAGCAAAUGUUCAACGGACUCGGGAGAGUAGUCGGGUUCCUUCGCUGCAACUACAGCAUUUCCGAUCGCCUUCAUCGUCGUCAUCAUCUUCUCCUUCUUCAUCAUCAUCUUCUGCUUCUUCUGCUAUCAGUUUGUCAACGUCUUUCAUGCACAGAAGGAAGACGGCUGCGGAGUUCUCUAGUCCGAAGAGUUCACCUUCUCUGUACAGUUGCAGCCCGCUGGCGUUGGACGAGAUAGUGGGAAGGGGAGGCGCACCCGGGGCAUCGACCACGGAUGCGGCUACAGCGGACACGACGAGGAUAGCGAUCCCGGCAACUGGCAGCAGUAGUGCGGACGAAACGGCGGCGGAAGUUCUUCUUUCUAGACAGAAGCAGACGGGGGAGGAGACCACCGCCAUCCUCUCUGGCUCGAGGGGAAAGGCAGGGCGUUUAGGUCUGUUGAUUGUGAACUCUCGCGAUGAUGCCGACAUGUCUGCGAUCAGACAAGGGGAGCAAGAGGAAGUACGUCAUGAUUCCGCGAUUGCAGCUCUACUCUCUUCACCUUCUCUCGCUGUUCCUGACUCCAUGAUCAGCUGCCCGGUCGGCACGUCAUCUCUCUUGCCGCAUGCCUUGCCAUCUGUCCCUCGGAUUUUCUCCUUAGGAAGCUGUUCCAUUGAGGAUACACCGCCACGUGUAUCGUCGGGGUCGGGCGUUGGGAUUUGGGACAGCCGUUGUGCAGCACAGGAGGAACGCGAUGGCGGUGGGGGGAAUCGCUGUCGUCCUCUGUUUCGUGAAGGCGGUCCCGUCCAAGCUAACAACGUCGGGAUCGGUAUGCGGAGCUAUGUCGAUAACUCGUCGGCAGCGGCGAUGGCGGUAUCCUCCUCUUCUUCCAUCAUGGCGGUCGUGGUCGAUCGCCACGUGGCUGAUGGGGGCGAGUCGUUUAGGUUACGUGGGCGGGAGAUUAGCAGCAGCGCCGCCAGUACCAGCUAUGGACGAACGACCGGUGAUUCCGGUCACGGUCGCACGUCCUCUGGGACCUUGUCGCUUUCGCAGCAAAUCAGUCUCGCGUCUCUUGAUCUCGACGCGUUCGAGAUGGACAUGCCAGAAAUAUAUUGGGACAGCAUCAGCGAUGGCGGCGAAGAUAGGAAAUCGGAGAUGCUCGCUCAUGCCUCCGAAGUGGAGAACGACCAAGGCGAUGACGAUGAUGAAGAUGAUGAUGCUGAAGAUUAUGAUGAUGGUGGUGAUGAUGAUGGUGAUGAUGAUGAUGAUGAUGAUGAGGACGAGGACGAGGGGAUGGACAGUACGCAAUCGUCGAUAGAAGAAGAAGGCUGCGGCGACGAACAGGAAGAAGCGGAGAGGUCGGCGGCGGCAGGUGGUGAAGAUACGGGUGAUUUGUCGUCGGGGGAAGAGGAGGGGUUGGACGCGCUAGAUGCUGCGGAGGAGCAAGAGAGGAGGCAAGCGACAUCGGGCGUGGACUUAGAGGAAGGGGCAGCCUCUGUUCCGAUGAAACUUGAAGGUUUGAAGAAGAGUAAACCGGCCGUAGGGCUGCUGAAGGUGGACGCGCUCGGGCAGCUGUCUUCCGCUCUGGCCACCAGCCAUUUGAGGAAGGAUCAUGGCAAUCCUCAGUGCAUUGCGGUUCAUUUGAGCUACGUGGCGGUCGGGAUGUCCAAGGGCGGGAUCCUGAUGGCGCCCAUCAAGUACAACUCGCAGCGGAGCGAGGACAAGACACGAGACAAGGCGCUGUUGCUUGCGGGUGGCGGGGGAGGAGGAGGGCCGGUGGUGUCGCUCGACUUCCACAGCUCCGGAGACCUGCUGCUCGCCGGCUAUGCCAGCGGGACUAUCAUUCUGUGGGAUGUGCUUCGUGCUACGCCUGCUAAGAUCAUCGUCGGGGAGCAUUCUACGGCCGUUGUGAGGGUGGUUUUCGUCGGUCAGGACGCCGCCGCCGUCGGUGGUAGAAAGGCGUUGUCGGCUGAUGCCAAAGGAGUGGUCUGCGUGCACACCUUCACGGUCGUUCCACUGGUUCGCAGGUACGCCGUCGGGACACAGCCGCUGCUGGAUGGUGCACGGAUGGGCCCCAUCCUCUCGCUGUCCGCCGCGAUGGCGAUGGACGACGAUAACCUCCAGAGAGCGGCGGGGGCAUCGUUAUCGGCGGCGGACGCGGCAGGGACUGGGGGGACCGGGAUCACGGGGGCGGCGGCGACCUCCUCGUCGAGCAUGGGACUGGGUGCCACGUCGCUCUUUCAGCAGUCGUUGGGGUUGGUCGCUAACGCGGCGGGAGUGGUCGCUGCGACGGCAGCAGAGGACAUUAGCCGGCGGUUUCUGCAUGAUGUUGGCGGAGGAGGAGGGGGGGGAGGAGGAGGCGCAGCAGGAGGAGCAGCAGCAGCAGCAGGAGGGGCAGGAGGAGGUGGAGGAGGAGCUGGUCAGGAGUCCCUCGGAUUGGUUGCGCUCGUCUCUCAGCAGCUCGCGUUGGUUGUUCGCAUCGUCCCAUCACUGGUGGUUCUCAAGAGCCUUCCUCGCCCCGAGGAUAUUCGUGACGGAGCGAUGCCGUACACCGCGUGGAAGCGUACUCGCAAGUUCUCUUCUCCCGCUUAUUCGCCGACCUUAACGACCACAGGCGGGACGCCGUUGUCUUCUUCGCAAUCCUUCUUGCAAGGUGUUGGGGAUGGCGCACACCAAAACGGAAUUGCUGCGGGAGGAACGGGAGGAGGCGGAGGAGGUUGUGGCGGCAAUGGAUCGGUCUCUAUGGUGGACGAUGAACGAGUGCCGAUGCUAGGGCUGGUGUGGGAUCGUCACGUCAUACUGGUGCAGGUCAUUCGGUCGGAGUUGAAGGUCGUGUCUAGCUGGCAGGUUGACUGCGAGAUGACGGGUAUUGCGUGGAUCGACGAUGCGAUUAUUGCCACAACGGACGUGCGACACGUGCUGCGUCUGUAUUCGAUAGACGACGGAGCUGUAACGACGGAGCUCGAGAGAGUGCAAUUGGGAGGAGUAGGUGAUGGUCUCGUGUUCCACACCUAUCUGAGCACUUCUUUCGGAGUUCCGCUUAAGUCUUAUCAUAACUCGUUGGCCAUUCGAGGAGCAGCUAUCUGCGUUCUGAGCUUCUCGCAGCUGAAGCAGGUGCGUCUCCUGCCCUGGAAGGAGCGGAUACGAGUCCUGCAGGAUGCCGGGGAUUGGAUGGGAGCGUUCAAAAUAGCGAUGGACUUGUAUGACGGCACGGCAAAGGGAGCAACAGGGCUUCCUAGGGACUUGUGGGCGGCCAGAGCAGCUAUGAUGCAGACUCUCGUUGCUCUUCUUGUCGCCUACAUCGAAGAGGCGUUCGCCUACAUAGUCAUCGCUUCUGUCUCAGCCCCGACUGCUCCCGCCAAUUCUGUUCCCGGCAGAACGUCGACGACGAGCGGUGCGACAAUCGCGGCAGCAAUACCUGCUUCUUCUCCUGUGGACAAGGAGAGCGUGAAGAUGGCGGGAGAGAUGAGCGUCGCCAGAGGCACGACCAGCGAGGAAAGUGGUGCGGUGCUUGGAAAUUGCGAGUCCGGAAGGGACAGCGGUGAUGGGAGUAAUCUUAGUAGUAGUAGUAGUAGUAAUGGCGGAGAAAAGCCGGGAGGAGGGGAAGAAGAGGCGGCGCAGCUGGUCGUUGCGCAAUAUGCCGGUGUGGGUGGGGUUGCAGUUGAGUUCUGUGUGCACAUCGGACGCACGGACGUUCUGUUCCAGCAGGUGUUCGGCAAGUUCGAGGCAGUUCACCAACGCGGGACUUUCUUGGAGCUGUUAGAGCCGUAUAUCCUGCGGGAUAUGCUUGGCGCGCUUCCACCAGAGAUCAUGCAGGCGUUGGUGGGUUGGUACGCGGCCAGAAGGCAGCUGGGGCGAGUUGAGCAAUGCGUUCUUCAUAUGGAUAUCGGGUCAUUGGACUUCAAUCAAGUAGUGCGCAUCUGCAGGGAGCACAGGCUAUACAGCGCACUCAUCUAUGUUUUCACCAAGGGGCUGGACGAUUUUGUCUCUCCAUUGGGAGAGUUAUUGUCGGUAGGGUUAGGAGAACGAGAAGGAGAAAGAGGAGGAGGAGGAGGAGAAUCGACGACCUCGUCAUUGCUACCGAGGCCUGACCACGACUCAGGGUACAAAUUGUUGGUGUUUUUGAAAUAUUGUUUCUUGGGGCUACGUUUUCCGCCUGGGCACGGCAGUCUCUCGGCGAAAAGGUUGCCGUCCUUGAGAGAGGAGCUUGUCCGCUUCCUCAUCGAGAAGAAGAAUACAAUCGAGGAGGAGGAGGAGAAGGAGGAGGAGGAGGAGGACCAUGCCGCUCACGAUGGCGGCGGAAAUCGUGAUUAUUUUGAUGUCAAGAAAUCGUAUAACCGUGCGGCAGCCACUGCAUAUCCACGGUUGUCCUAUCUGUUGGAGCUGGAUGCGAAGGCGACUCUUCGGGUACUCUCCUUUGCGUUCCCUGAGGAAGGACCGCUAGGGGUAGGAAGUACGGGUUGGACAUAUGGAGGAGGAGGAGGAAAGGUAGGAGAGAGAGUAGAAGAGACGGUGAAGUCGUCGGAUGAAGAGGAACGAAAAAUAGAAGAGAAGCAGGGAGAUGAAGUGGAUGGGGGAAAGGCAAAUGGUGAGGAAGAUGGCCGCGUGCAUCUUCUUCUCCAACAGUUGGUGAAUGCGCUGCUGGAGGUUUGCGGUUUUCGUUCUUCUGAUGAGUCGCGGUUGUCAAAUGGUCUCGUCGUCGGCGUUUUAAAUAUGGAGCAACAGCAGCAGAAGCAACAGGACGGAGGAGGAGGAGGAGCAAGAGGGGGAGGAAGAAGGCGCAACAGGAGCGAAGAAGAUAUGGAGAGUGGGGAAGUAGGCAGGGGAACGAAAAUCCCGUUGUCUUGGGAGGAAGUCGGAAGAGUUUUGGAAUUUGUGGCAAAAUACAUUGCCAGCAAACAUGUUGAGGUGUCUGGGGACGUGAUUCUUCGGAUCGUGGAGCACCUGGCCUCCGGCAGCUCGAGGAGAAGAGCGAGGAGGGCUAGGAGGGAGGAGGAACUGAUGCUUGCCGUCUUGCUCGCUGUGCCACCGACGAUUAUCAACGAGGACGAGGUGUUGCGUAUUAUUGACGAGAAGGGUGGGGGGUUCUGGCAGGUGGCGGCCUUGCUCCAGACGCGAAGGGGCAACAUGGCGGGAGCCUUUGAGAGUCACUUGAAGGACAAAUCGAAGCCAGACAAGGUGUUCACUUUCGUGACCAGCAUGCUUGACAGCGAAUCUGGCUUGUCAGCGGAGCAACGGUCACUUUUCAUGGAGACGGUCCUCGGACAUCUUCGAGAGUUAUUGACGCUAGACGUCGAGGCGGCGCUAGAAUGUGUGCUCGUGCAUUUCGCAGGAAACGUUGAGCGCGUGAUGAGGGAGCUGGACUGCGAGCCCAGGUUGCGGUUCCAAUUGCUGAGAGGUAUCCUGGGUGGUGCAGAGGCUCACUCUCGUUCUCCCAAUUCGACGACGAACUCCGAUUCCAGCUCCAAUAAUAAGGUCAGGUCUAAGAAGAGGAGUGGUGAGGAGCAACAGGCGCAGGCUCCUGCCUCACAACGUCCGCAUAACCAUAACUCUCGUUUGACGGAGCUUUUGAAUCGGUCAAACUUGCAGGUCACGGAUGCCAUGGUCACCUCUUACGUGGAAUUGAUGUGCCGGUUUGAGAAGACGGCCGUCUGUCCUUUCCUCGAAAGGAAUGAGAACUACAAGCCUGAGGAGUGUCUUGCUCUUUGCCGCGAGUAUGGGGUCACGGAUGCCGCUGCCUUCCUUCUGGAACGGAUGGGUGAUGUCGGCGGUGCGCUUGACCUGAUAUUGGAGGUUGUGCAGAAGAGAAUUCGUGCAAUGGAUCGUGCAGUUGCUCGGACGUUCGGAGAGCGAGGGAGAGAGGAUGGAAAAGGAGGAAAGGAGACGAAAGAAGGUCAACGAAGUGGUAAUGACCUCCAGAUGAAAGGGGAAGAGGAGGAGGAUAAGCAGCAGCAGCAGCAGGAGGAGAAGGAGAAGGAUGUGAUCGUUCUGGAGAAGCUGCCCCAUGUGGUUGCUGUUAAUGAUGCAAUGGCUAUGGCUGUUUCACUCUGUCAAAAGAACAACCAACGCUUAAACGUGAGGGCAUCCGAAUCGCUUUGGUUUCGUCUGCUAAGCGCCUAUGUGGAGCCCUUGCGGCAGCUCAAGGCCAUCUCCUCUUCCUUCUCCUCCCCCUAUUUAGGUUCUCUGGAAAGAGGGCGGAAAAGUCAGGCCAUGAAUCUGAAGAACACGAACAAGGAGAAAAAGAAGAGGAAGAAGAAAGAGAAGCCACGUGAAGAAGAUGGCCUUUUGCAUGACCAGUUGCUUUCUCCUCUUUCGCUUAUCUCUUGGAUGAAGGGAGGCGGUGGGAAGGGGGAUGAUGUCCGCAGGGGGUCUCAGGGCAGCAAGUCGCAGGCCUCUUUGUCAAGAAAGUGGAAAUGCGCCAAGAAUGCUGCCGCCACUGAGCAGAUGAGGACGCUCUUGGUUGGGAUGAUGGGGAAAGUAAUGUCGGGUAUGGUCGGCUAUGUUCCCCUUCCGGUUCUGCUUUCAAAGAUUGUGAGUCAACAUGGCAGUGAUCAGUUCGGUGAGUUCAAGGCAACAAUCCUGGGAUUGCUGGGGACAUAUGGCUUUGAAAGGUCAAUUUUGAAAACAGCCAAGAAUCUGCAGGAUGGAGAUGCGUUUGCAUCCAUGCAUGCUCUGAAGAGGGGAAGAACGCAAGCUCUUGGACCCAAGUCGCUAACUUGCUGCGUGUGCAAACGGAACCUGCAACAGGAGGUAGCUGCGAGGCCUGUGCUUGUCAGAGCAGCUGGUGGGGAAGGAGGAAAGAACGGGUCUUCUUCUUCAGCAGCGUCAUCUUCCUCCUCUUCUUUCGAGGGAGCUGGUCGAGGCGGAGUGAGCGGGCCAGUGCGUGGAAUCCCUGUUGUGUGCAGCCCUGCCGAGAACCAUUUCAGCACCUUCACCAUCUUUGUCUGUGGGCACAUUGCUCAUGCAGUUUGCCUGGCUGGGCAUGGUCAGCUUCCGGCUGAAGAUACAGGAAGAGGAGGGCGGAUAGCCAUUGGUAAGGGCAGCUCGGAGCCUCCAGGAGGUGUUGCGAACGACUCCAUCUGCCCCAUUUGCCAUCAUGAUAAGUUGACAGGAGGGAGCACUGACUCUUUGGCAGAGGGCUCUGUAUGGGAAUCUGCUUUCGUCAGCAAAGGUUGCAACUUUCCCGACGAGGGUGCCACGGCAUCACAAGAGGUGGGAAGGGCAAGGAAUGACCAAGGAGCUGCAAAUGGGUCCACUGCAGCAAGUGGAAACCGAAGAGAAAGAGGUGCAAGAGGUGGCCAGUAUGCCUUGCCAAACGAGGAGGUAAUGAGGCGGCUGGAUCUUGUCCGGAAAAGUGAGGCAUACACUUUGCGGCGAUCGCGUCUGUCGUUGUUGAAUGAUCUUGAAGAAGGACUCGAGGCUUACGAGAAGGAGAAGUGGCAGGGCCUGAAUCUUAGACCACCCGCUGUUGGCAGAAAGGAUGGUGCAAUGAGCAAAGAAAGAACACAGCUUAGACAGGCGGCGAUGGUAGCCAAAGCGAGGGCAACAGUGAGGACCACUUCAUCAAGCUCAGCCUCGUCCGUCGUCUUCAGUGCAGGUGAUGGGCUGUUACGUCAGUGGAAAGGCAUUGCUGGUUCCAGUACCUCUUCAGCUUCCAAAAGCUUGCAACGUUCUCCUCCUCCUCCCAAUCCUCAGCCUUUGGCAUCGUCCUCAGGCACCAGUGUGAAACAGUCAGACGACAGUGCCUGGAUAAGAUCAUCGGCUUCUCAGCCUUCGUCAAUACUAUCUGUGAAGAGCAGGGUAGCGAAUGUGAGAGAAAAUGAUGAUCCGAGCCCUGCAGAAAAGGGGAGUGAACGGAACUCCCCUCUGCGUUCCAGGUUCCUGUCUGCAGCAGAGUUCUUUGGAGAUGCUCUCAGAAGUACUCCCUCCAUUGAGGGUGCCAAAGCAGCGGCAAGGUCGCUGAAAGAAAGCAUCUUUUAAUUAAUCCCGAAGGUGCAGCAGUGGAAGAAACUGGUGCCUUGGUCCAUGUGGUAUGUUCUCUUAGUAGCUGCUCAUGCCGU